AUGGAUGAAUAUAUCAGUGGCCUCGUCUCAUUAGUGCAACAAUUAGCAGACAUUGGACAUAACAUAAGCGACGAAGAGGUAGCAGUACUCAUGUUAGGCGGUCUUCCGGCUGAAUUUGAUCCGUUAAUUAUGGGAUUAGAAGCGACGCAUGAAAGGCUUACUAGUGACAUGGUAAAAACGAGGUUACUUUCCGAAGAUUAUCGAAGAGGAAGUACAGAUGCCAGUAGUGGAAAUGAAGCCGCGUUCGCUACGAACAGUGCAAAUAAAGGUACGUUUCGAAAAAGAGAAGUGACCUGCUACAAAUGUGGAAAGAAAGGCCACAUUAAGCCGAAGUGUCCACAAAUAAAAAAGGAAUGGAAGACAAAAGAUAAGAAGGAUAAUCAGGAUAAUUCAUCUAAGAAAAAGACAGAAGACAAGCUGUUAUUGACAAGUUUUGCAGUUGGAAGUUUUGAUAAGGAUAGCUGGUUCAUAGAUUCGGGAUGUACAACGCAUAUGAGCAUGCGAAAUGACUGGUUCUCUAAGUAUACGAAUAACGAUACAAAGGAAGUCUUUACGGCAAAUAACCAGAAGAUGUACAGUCAAGGAACAGAUGUUAUGUACGUGCCAGAAAUUGCAACUAACCUUUUAUCUGUAAGCAAAAUGGCUGAAAAAGGUUUAAUAAUUGUUUUCGACGAUCAGAAGUGUCACGUAUACAACAAGUCCGAAUGCCAGAUUAGAGGAAAGUCCAACAUUCCAGCAAAACAGGAUAUGGAAGUAAUUAAAAUCGGUGGACCCGUUUAUCGAAUCGGUGUAGGUGGCGGCUCAGCAAGUUCUGUAGAAGUGCAAGGUGAUAACAGCAUGGAAUUGGACUUCGGUGCUGUGCAACGUGGUGAUCCUGAAAUGGAACAGAAAUUGAAUCGCGUUGUACGAGCAUGUGCAGAGAUAGGUGAUGAUAAUCCAAUUCUUAGCAUCCACGAUCAAGGUGCUGGUGGCAAUGGAAACGUUUUGAAAGAGUUAGUUGAGCCUGCCGGUGCUGUGAUUUUCACGAAGAAAUUUGACCUUGGCGAUCCUAGUAUCAGUACGUUGGAGCUUUGGGGUGCAGAAUAUCAAGAAAGCGAUGCAAUUUUAUGCAAACCGAAAGACAGCGAUUUAUUAAAGAAAAUCGCUACGCGUGAAAAGUGUCCAAUUAAUUUUGUUGGCACUGUCACAGGAAAUGGAAAAAUCAUCGUUUCUGAGGAAGAAAAUUGUGAUACUUCAAAAUAUCUUAAUUAUGAAGAUAAGAACCUAAGCAGUAGUAAGCAUCCAGUGAAUCUAGAGCUAGAGGUUAUUCUUGGAAAAAUGCCUCGCAAGGUUUUCAAUUUGCAUGACAUGCCGGUGCAAAGAUUUCCAAUGAAACUGCUUGAUGGAUUAACUGUGCUUAACGCGUUGGACAGAGUUUUACGGCUUCCUUCAGUGGCUAGCAAGCGGUACUUAACGAAUAAAGUAGAUCGUUGCGUAACUGGUUUAGUGGCUCAACAACAAUGCGUUGGUCCUUUGCAUACCCCUCUGGCAGACGUUGCUGUGACAGCUAUUUCGUAUUUUUCUACUAAGGGCAUUGCAACUUCUAUUGGUGAACAGCCGAUUAAAGGAUUAGUGAACGAAGCAGCCGGCGCCCGAAUGACAAUAAUUGAAGCUCUUAGCAAUUUGGUAUUUGCGCGAAUUUCUGCAUUGCAAGAUGUUAAAUGUAGUGGUAAUUGGAUGUGGCCGGCAAAACUUCCGGGUGAAGGCGCGGCACUCUAUAAGACUUGCUCGGCGAUGUGUUCACUAAUGAAGGAACUUGGGAUCGCAAUUGAUGGCGGUAAAGACUCGCUCAGCAUGGCUACACGUAUUAACAAAGAUAUUGUCAAGGCACCCGGUACUCUCGUCAUAUCUUGCUAUGCACCGUGUCCUGACGUUUAUCAAGUAAUCACUCCGGAUCUUAAAGCACCCGCUAUGGGAAGACAAGGUUGUCUGCUCUUUAUUGAUUUGUCUUAUGGCAAGAACCGACUUGGAGGAACAGCCCUGUCUCAGGUUUAUUGUCAAUUAGGCAAUGAUGUGCCGGACAUCGAAAACACGCAAGCAUUUAAAAAUGCCUUUAAUGUUAUACAACAAUUAAUCGCCGAUAAGAAAGUCUUUGCCGGUCAUGAUAUUAGCGAUGGUGGACUGAUUACAUGUCUUUUAGAAAUGUGCUUUGCUGGAAUCUCUGGAGUAAACAUUGAUAUAACUCAUAAAUCUGCACCUGCCAUUGACAUUUUAUUUUCCGAAGAGGUUGGUUGGAUAUUGGAAAUUGAUGAAAAAUAUCAAGAUGAAGUAAUGAAAAUGUUUCAAUGCUACGAAGUUCCAGUAUAUUUAAUUGGAAAGUCUGUGGAACUUGGAAUGAACUCAAAGGUGAUCGUUAAAGUUCGAAAUGAAGUUGUAUUGAGCACUACAGUAAUCGAUUCAAUGAGUAUUUGGGAAGAAACUAGUUAUCAAUUGGAACGCCAUCAAACAAACAUCACUUGUGCCUUGGAAGAAUUUUCGAGACUACGGGAACGAACUGUUCCAGCCUAUCGUCUUAAUUUCGACCCCGUUAGAUCUCAUCCGAUACUAAAGAAUACAUUAGAACGUGUCAGGGUAGCUGUCAUAAGAGAGGAAGGGAUUAAUGGGGACAGAGAAAUGGCAGCUUCUCUAUUAGAAGCCGGCUUCGAUGUUUGGGAUGUUACGAUGCAAGAUUUGCUGGAAAACCAAGUGACAUUGGAAGUAUUCAGGGGUGUUAUCUUUCCCGGUGGUUUCAGCUAUGCCGAUGUUUGUGGCUCCGCCAAAGGAUGGGCAGCCAGUUUUCUCUUUCAUCCAUCUCUACGUGAGCAAUUACGGCGAUUUGUUUCUCGUGAAAAUACAUUUAGUUUGGGUGUUUGCAAUGGUUGUCAGUUGAUGAGCCUAUUAGGCUGGGUGGGUGACGAGGACACUAAAGACAGAUCUGGAGUUUAUUUAGAUCAUAACCUCUCGGAAAGAUUCGAAUGCAGAUGGACCACUGUUAGAAUUGAGAACUCACCGUCGAUCAUGUUAAAAGGCAUGCAGGAUAGCGUGCUAGGUGUAUGGGUAGCUCAUGGAGAGGGACGAUUCAUUUUCCGUGAAGAAGUUUCGAAAACUCUUGAGCAGAAUAAUUGUGUAGCAAUCAGGUAUGUUCUCACAUUUUAAUGUAUAUUUUAAACAAAUAAAU